UGUGUGCUUGAAUAUAUCGGCCGCCUUUGUAAACACACCAUAAUUUUAUACUAGUAGCAAACAUGUGCUCUUUCUUUUACCAUGGUUUGGCCGGUCCACCAAAACCCAAGCGAAAUCAUUUAUUAUCCAAAAAAAAAAAAGAAAAACAAGAAAUGAAAUCAGCACUAUGAAGUGUAUGAACAAUGAAAUCAGUGUCAUCACCGUUGUUUUUAUCAUUGAACGCAGUUAAGAAGAAGAGAUGUGGCAAUUUCCCAACCAGCACCACCCAAUUUAAAUUUAUUUAUGCUUGUAAAUUGAGGCCUCCUCCUUCAAUCUCAUCUUCUUCUUGGUCUUGUUCAUUUAGAGUGAAUUGCAGCAGCAAUAGUUAUGAUGGCGGCGGGGAUAAUUCUAAUUAUAAUUCGAAUUCGGAUUCAGAUGAACCCCUCACCCUCACCCCUUCUUCGGCGUAUGCUGUGCUGGGACUUGACCCUCAACAAUGCUCAUAUGCACAACUCAAAUCUGCUUUUCGAACCAAAGUGAAGCAGUUACACCCAGAUGUAACCAGAGGUGGUUACAACAAUUCGGAUUUCAUGAUUCGUCGUGUCAUUCAAGCCUAUCAGCUUUUGUCCAACUACACCAAAUCAGAAAUUAUUGAGAGAGAAUGUAUGGAUCCAUUUGACGAACCUGAAUGUGAGGCAGCUGAUGUCUUUGUCAAUCAGGUUCUUUGCAUUGGCAAAGGUUGUCCGUAUUCAUGUGUAAAUAUGGCACCACAUGCUUUCAAGUUAUCUUCAGUAACAGGGACUGCGGAAGCAACUUGCCAAGGGCAUGGUGAAGACUAUAAAGUUCAGAUUGCAGUUGGUCAGUGUCCAAGAAAUUGUAUUCAUUAUGUUACCCCCUCACAACGAAUUAUUCUUGAGGAGCUUCUUCAAAGCAUAAUCGGCAUGCCAUACGACACAUCAGCCGAGGCGGAGUUGCUAUAUUCUUUGAUUGUAAAAGCCAAGUAUGAGAAUAAUCGAUAUCAACGUCCUAAGAGUAAUUCUAAUUAGGUCUCAAUCAAGCAUGUUCAUUGGUUCUAAUUCCGAAAAUCACGCGGGGAUUCUGUCUGAUCUGUGUGUACAGCAGAUACCUCAAUUUGUCUGAUUACAUGCUUGUAUAUAACUUGCACUCUUUAAUCCAAUUUUUUUGCUCAGACA